AGUAGAUUUGUAAACAGUAAUAGUGGGCGGGGCUUGUAGUGUCUCAGGCAGCGGUUUUCUUGCAGAUAUAUAUAUAUAUAUUUUUUCCUGCAAAGUCUCCUAAAACAAAAGCAAACAUCAAUAAAGAAAUAAAGAAGCUCGGAUCCGAGUCACAUCCCGUCAUUAGCGCUAACACUGUGAGGAGGAGAGUUUUAACCACAGCGCCGCGGCUUCAGAGUGAGAGGAGCUCCAGUCCAGCAUGGAGCAGGCAGAGGAUCAGAGCAGCUCGGGUUCCUCCAGCAGCAGCAGUACAGGCUCCGGGGGAAACGCUCGGCCUGCGCAGAUCUCUCAGAUGUCUCUGUACGAACGACAGGCUGUACAGGCUCUGCAGGCUCUACAGCGACAGCCUAACGCAGCUCAGUAUUUCCAGCAGCUGAUGCUUCAACAGCAGAUUAACAGCGCUCAGCUUCAGAACCUCGCUGCUGUGCAACAGGCCACGCUUGCUGCCAGUCGACAGUCCAGUUCUCCGAACACCAGCGUCUCUGCAGUGAGCACAGCACAGUGCACUGGUAAUUUAAGCAGCACGUCUGGGGGCGGGACCAUGACCAACCCCCGCCCAGUCGGCCCUGCGACAUCUGUGACAUCAUCCGCUCUCAGCCAAUCAAUGUUGCUGGGUGGGAACUCUGCAGGUCAGGGACAGAUGUACCUGAGAGUGAAUCGCUCUCUCAGGGCUCCUCAGCUCAUCUUCAUGCCUGGUGGAACAGCAACAGCUGCCGUGGCAACAGUUGCCCAGCAGCAACCUCAGCAACCUCAGCAACAGCCGCAACAGCAGCAGCAACAACAGGAAGUCCCGCCCACUUCUUCCAGUAACCAAUCAGAUAGUGACCAGGUGCAGAAUCUUGCCCUGCGCUGUGCUUCUACCCCCCGAGCUGCCGUUAAGACUGAAUAUCCUGACAGGAAGGAUCCCAGUUCGUUCUCUCUCGGCCCUCAGUCUCAGCAGCAGCAGCAGUUUUCUCCAUCAGCGCAGCAGAUCAGCAGCAGUAAACUUCCCACUCCUCCUUCCUCCACCUCUUCCUCUCUCUCCUCCUCUUCCUCUUCCUCCUCUCCCUCUCCCUCCUCUCCCAGCUCUUGCUCUCCUCCAUCCCGGCUCGCACCCACUGCCACGGUGACCCAUAUCCUGGUCCCGAGCUCCAACGUCCCCACUUCCUCUCCGGGUUUCCCCAAACCCAACAUGGCGGCUCAGACGCUGGUGGUGCAGCCGCUUCAGCAGCAGCAGCAGAACGGAGGGGAUAAAAUGGUGGGUCCCGUCCCCAUCCAACCCAAAACAGCCCAAAGCAGUCGUCUGCCCUCUCAGAUGCCCCCUCGCCACCCUCCGCCCAUCCUCCCGGCUCCUCCCACUUCCACCCCCCCACACGUCCCGGUCCAGUUGCUCGGCUCCAGGCAGGGAGCGCUGGGAAACUCCCAGGCUGUAGCAGUGCCACAGGCCCGAACCUGCUACUCCCAACAGGACAGCUCCACCCACACCCCAACCCACAGCUCCGCCUCUAAUGCAGUCACCAUGGUAACGGCCAUGGAGACAGGCAGCGCUGGUGCGGGCCUUAAACUGACCAAUCAGAACGCAGAACCCAGUCCGAUUGGCUCUUCUGCUGCGAUUCAAACUGCAGAUGGAGAACACAGCAGCAGUGUGGCGCCACCUGCUGGAGAAGCUCUGUUUGAACAGACUGGAACCACGCAGAUGAAGCCUGCGAUCGGCUCCUUGAAGAGAAAAUCAGAAUCAGACAUGGCAGGUGAGAUGACAUCAGAAACCACUGCCCAGAGCUGUCCAUCAGUCCCUGACUCCGCCCCUCCACUCUCGCCUGCACCCUCAUUGGACACUGCUCCAGAGAUAGCGUUCUCCACUCCGCCGACACUGUCUCUCUCCCUGCCGCACCCUCGAGCUCCUCUCCCCCAGGCCGUGGUCAAACCGCAGGUCCUCACUCACCUCAUCGAAGGCUUCGUCAUUCAGGAAGGAGCCGAGCCGUUUCCUGUGACCGGUCCAAUAAAAGAGCGGGCUGAGGGUGUUCCUGUGCCUCUCUCCAUGCAGCCGGAAAACAGCGCUCCCUCUGUGCUGAAGUGUGAGUUCUGUGAGAGUUUUGCUCCUGCCAGUCAGUUCCGCGGAACCAAACGCUUCUGCUCCAAAACCUGCGCUAAGAGGUGCAACACUCACACACACACACUCACACACACACACUCACACACACACACACACACACUCAC